AUGUCUUUCUCGUCGUCAUCGGCUGCCAAUAACAACCUCUCCAUUCGGAAUGAAGAGCUCUGGAAGGAAUUGAUUCAACAAUUAUUUUCCAUAGCGAGUGGAGAGCAAUUAAUUUCCGUAAUUAAUGUUCAACAUGUACAGAUGGAUAAAAAGAAGGGACGAGUGUUAGAGGAUCGGAUCGUGUGUGUAACGACUAAAAAGAAGAUGAUCACUACCUCUAAAAAGAAGAAUGGAUUUAAAGUACAUCUUUUGGUAAUUAAAAGAGACAAAGAAGGAACUUUUCAUAUUGAGAAAACGUAUAAAUUGAAACGAUUGGCCAAAAUUGAAGGUUGCGAGGAGAGUAACACUGAAUUCAUUCUCCACUUUACCAAUCAUCAAAAACCUUUUAGAAUAAUUAGUGAAGGAACGGAACAAAAAAACAUAUUUAUUUCAAAACUACUACAUGUGUGCAGAGAGAAUUUUGGAUCAGAACCAGUUCUUGAAAAUGUAAAUUUGGCUGAACUAUCGGAAUAUAUUACGGAAGAGGAAGAAAAUGAUGAUGAAAAUUUAUUCAAGGACGAAAUUGGUGAUGUGUCCCAGAAGGAUUUGGUGACUGAGGAAGAAGAGAAAAUUAUGAGGAAAGUUCUCGAACAGUUUAAUGAGGAUAUGAGUGACGCCAAGCUGGUAUCCUCUCAAUUAAACCAACGACUUGCAAUCUAUGAAAGGGAAAACAUUCAUGCCAUUCUUCAAAAACAAGAACAAUGGGAGCGUAUUAUAGGCCAAUUAGAUCAAGUUGAGGGUCAAUUAGAGGAAAUGAAUGACUGGCUGGAAAGAUAUAACAAGAAACUCAUGCUCAUGCAGAAAGAUAUCGUUCAAAUUGAAUCUGAGAACAACAAUAUGGAAGUACAAGCAAGAAAUCUCAAGUACUUGUCUGACGAGAUUGACCAAUUAAUUCACACUCUUGAAUUCGAUGAUUCCUAUGUUCAAAGUAUUCAAAAUGAUGAGUUUGAUGGUAAAUUAAGCAAGAUUAAUGACGCUGUUCAAAAAUUGCAAGAUUCUCUCAAUGAAAAGUUUCAAGAUGGUAUGGAUGACAUGGUGGCAGUAAGAGAACGGAUCAAAUACUUCCAAAUUUUGAGAUUUAAUUUUGUAAAUCGAUUUAAAAUUUAUAUGAGGAAAUACUUUAAGAAAUUGGCCUCUCAAAUGUUCAAGCAGACCGGGAAAAGCUUUAAAUAUGCCAUUGAUCUCAAGUCAGUCAACUACAACAGCUACCACAGAGACAUCAUUCAGCUCCACAAAGAUACAAUUCAAAAAGAUCUAAGCAAAUACUCUAUUCUCAUGGAAUGCGUUCAUUCCACUCAAGAGGCAGUUAAGGAUCAUCAACUUCUAGAAAUGCUAAAACAAAAGAUGCGAGAGUCUUACGGUAAAUUUUCGCUCAGUAUGAUCAAAAUCAAAAAAGAUAAAAUGAUCGAUAGACCUCUCGAUAUGCUUCUAUUGAAAUACACAAAGGCUGUGGCUCCUCUCUACCGAAAAGAAAUUCACUUAUUCAUACAUGAUACCAAACAGGUCAUUAAGUCCAAUAAGGAAAAUAAGGUCAGCAAAACCUUCUUAUUGGGAACUAAGAGCACACAACUCAAUGAAAAGAUUAUAAAGGAUACCAAACAUGCAAAAAGAGUAUCUGUUAGAAUGCCAGCAGCUAAAACUUCGAACAAUAACACUGACUCUUCCAAAACAACUCUAUCUAUUGAUGACGAUGAGAUGACAAUGGCUUCUGAAAUCGACUUUUCAGAUGGAGAAGAGGAUUUUGAUGAUGAGAUCAUUGAAUAUGUGAAAGAACAACAAUCAGACAUUUCGUCACGUGUAGACACUCUGUAUGCCUAUUGCCUUAAUACCAUUUGUAGUACCAUGUUCCAAGAGCAAAAUCAUAUUACCAAAUUUUUCAUUAUGAACACAGCAACUGAAGAAGUUCAAAUCAGCAAUCCAUCCUUUGAAUCGACCACAUCAAAUGUUCAAAGUGAUGGAGAUAACGAUGCCAAUGAAGGAAAAACAUCCAUUGAAAUUAACACCAAUUCGGCUACAUCCUCUCAGUCUGCUGCCCAAAAUGGCGCAUCCCACUCUGCUCAAAAUGUACAACGAUCUGAAAUUUAUCUCAUGAUGGAACGAAUGUUUAAAGACAUUAAUGACGAUCUUGUAUCCAUAACUAACUAUGUGAAGAAAAAUACUGAUCGAUUCUACUCAUUAUCCAUGAGUUUAGCUGCUGAAAGACAGUUCAGAAUGUACAAUGGAAAGAGCACCUACAUUACCGAGUUUCUGAUAUUUGUGAAAGGUCUCAUUCAAGAAAUUAUUCAAAAGUUCAUUACCAAGCAAAUUGAAUCUAUUCAAGAAUUUAAAUGUACCAUUAAGAAGAUUCACGUGGUUCCCUUUAUUGCCAAAUUUUCCUACUUUAACGAUCGAUUUGAAAGUAUUUUAACAAACUUUUCUGACAUGAGUGUUGCUCGUUCAAGCGCUACUACAGAUUACUUGAAAAUUAUCAGUGCCAUGUUCGAUUCGAUCGAAAAACUAGCUCAAACCAAUGAGAAACAUAGUGAUGCCUUUAGAAUGAAGAAUUAUUCAUACUUUUAUCACUCGCUCAAUAAGAGACCAAAUUUGAGUCAAAAUGAAGAAUUGAUCAAGCACAACGAAAUUGCAAAGAAACGCUUUGAAGAGUGCUGUCGACGUUACAUUUUGUGGAUGAUUAAUUUUAAAUUUGAAUUUUUAUUCCAUUUCAUUGAUGGUUUGGAGGAUUGCAUCAAAACAACCUCAAAAGAAGACAUUAUUUAUCAGACACAAUAUUCGAAGGCUAAGGUGAAAGAAUUGAUCAAGAAAUACGAUCAUCAAGUCAUGCAAAAAGGUAUUGAAAGCAUCUUCAAAAGAAUGGACAAGCACAUUGGUCAGAAGAAUGUUGAUGACUCCUCGUACAAAAUUCCCAAAGCCAUUGAGGAAAGAGGACCCAAGGUUCUUCACAAGGAAGUGUGGUCACGGUUGCGCAAGUUCUUUGUUUCUAAGUAUGAACGAUUUGAGAAAAUUAUUAACGAAGCAUAUCCUACCUGCAAGCCCGUUAGUACACGAGAAGUAGAAGCCAUGUUUGAUUCUUUUUCUUUCAAUUAA